UGAUAACUUGCUCAACAUUAAAUCUUUAAAUCUACCAUCAAUCCACCAGCAUCCUAAGUUGUCCUCGUACACACUCGAGCAAGUCGCAUUUGAAUCAUCUACCAUUCAUUCCCAUUUUCGGAUAGACGAGAAUGAUCACAACGACUCCUUAGACUAAUGUCUUCCCGUACUACCUCCUUCUCCGUCACCCACCCACAGCUAUCCCGCAGACCCUCCGUUAGUUCUAGAUUGUCGAUCGCCGUGUCAACUGCUGAGCGUGGAGAGGUAAAUGGAAGCAAUGCGCCGAGAGAACAGCAAAUAGAAGAGGAGAUAGCCGAAAUCAAAAGAUAUGAGGACUUUACCACCAUAGAUUGGGUGCAGGAUGCGGCACAGGAGAGAUUACGUAGGAGGACAAAACUAAAAAGACAUGCACGCUUCGAUAACGGAAAGGUGUCAUGGAGAUAUAAGUUGUGGGAGUCAUACGAUGCCGCGCAAGGAUGGAUCGUGGUAACCUUAAUAGGGGCGGCGAUCGGCUUGAAUGCUGCCUUUCUGAAUAUCAUAACCGAAUGGCUAUCCGACAUAAAAAUGGGAUAUUGUACGACUGCUUUCUACCUAAACGAAAACUUCUGUUGUUGGGGCGAGGACAAUGGAUGCGACCACUGGCAUCGCUGGACCUCGUUUGAACCAGCCAACUAUGCGCUGUACAUCAUGUUUGCGACCAUAUUUGCCUUUACCUCGGCCAUUCUCGUCAAAUCAUUCGCGCCCUAUGCUGCCGGCUCGGGUAUCUCCGAGAUCAAGUGCAUUAUUGCGGGUUUUGUUAUGAAGGGAUUCCUAGGAUUCUGGACUCUGCUCAUCAAAUCGAUCGCCUUACCACUAGCUAUCGCUUCUGGUCUCUCGGUCGGUAAGGAGGGUCCCAGCGUGCAUUAUGCGGUAUGUACAGGCAAUGUCAUAUCGAGGAUGUUCGACAAAUACAAACGGAAUGCAUCCAAGACACGAGAGAUUCUUAGCGCCUGCGCUGCGGCCGGUGUGGGUGUUGCAUUUGGCAGUCCUAUCGGAGGCGUGUUGUUCUCUCUAGAAGAGAUGUCUAACUAUUUCCCAUUGAAAACUAUGUGGAGAAGUUACUUCUGCGCUCUCGUCGCGACAGCUGUCCUCGCGGCGAUGAACCCUUUCAGGACCGGCCAGUUAGUCAUGUUCCAAGUUAAAUACGAUCGAUCGUGGCAUUUCUUCGAAACGGUGCCAUAUAUCAUCAUUGGCAUAUUCGGUGGUCUAUAUGGCGCUUUCGUGAUUAAAUGGAACUUACGAGCCCAGGCAUUCCGAAAGAAGUACCUAACGAAAUGGGCCGUCCUUGAAGCUACGCUAUUAGCCAUGGGAACGGCCAUUAUCUGCUACCCUAACGUAUUUCUUCGGAUUGAUAUGUCAGAAAGCAUGGAAAUCUUGUUUUUGGAAUGUGAGGGGACUGAAGAUUACCAAGGGCUCUGUGAUAACGAUAGGCGGUGGUCGAAUAUUAUGUCACUAACCAUCGCGACUAUUAUUCGCAUAUUCCUAGUUAUCAUCUCAUAUGGAUGCAAAGUACCAGCCGGUAUCUUCGUACCAUCUAUGGCUGUUGGGGCAUCUUUUGGCCGAACUGUUGGCAUUAUAAUGCAGGCGAUCUAUCACGCCCAUCCGGAUAGCGCUUUUUUCGCCGCUUGCCAACCGGAUGUACCAUGUAUCACGCCUGGGACAUAUGCUUUUCUGGGAGCCGCUGCCGCACUCAGUGGUAUCAUGCAUAUUACGGUGUCGGUUGUGGUUAUUAUGUUUGAGCUUACAGGUGCUCUAACCUACAUCUUGCCUACUAUGAUUGUUGUUGGUGUCACGAAGGCUGUAUCCGAUUUAUUUGGCAAAGGCGGAAUUGCCGAUCGGAUGAUUUGGUUUAGUGGUUUCCCAUUUCUUGACAACAAGGAAGAGCACAAUUUUGGCGUUCCAGUAUCAACGGCUAUGACCAACGACGUAGUCGCCAUCCCUAUUCAUGGAACAACGUUACAAUCUAUCGAAGACCUACUCAAGCAACCUAAGUACCAGGGCUUCCCCAUCGUCGAGGAUUUAUCGACGAAGGUGCUUGUCGGCUAUAUCGGUCGCACUGAAUUACGCUAUGCUAUUGAUCGUCUACGUCGCGAGCGCUCGAUUACUAUCAGCCCGGAAGCUAGAUGCAGCUUCUCACCACCGCCAGUAUUAAAUUCAGUUACGCCUAUUACACCUACUGUUACUAUCAGCAACGCGGACUACAAUUUUUCCUCGACGUCUGUCGAUUUCAGCCGGUAUGUAGAUGCGACACCGGUGACGGUACAUCCACGGUUGCCACUCGAGACAGUGAUGGAACUCUUCCGCAAGAUCGGGCCCCGUGUGAUCUUGAUCGAGCACCAUGGUCGAUUAUGUGGCUUAGUCACAGCCAAGGACUGUCUUAGGUAUCAGUUUAAGGCGGAAGCAGCUGAGAAUCCACGUGACGACCACGAGAUUACCGAAGGAUAUGAGAAGCUCUGGAGAGUGAUGAUUAGAGUUGCCGGAUGGUUCUCUGGGAAAGUCGCAAGUGUUAGCGGCGGACGCAUACAACUUGGUGGUGACGGAAAUGAAAGACGGCCUUUGGCGCGAGGAAAUAGUAAUGGCCAGAUUAUGGAUGGCGAUGAAGAUGUAGGUGACAUCGAUGGUGUCGAGUUGGAGAAUAGGUAGUGUCAUAUUUGGUAUUCAAUACUAGUGUCGUUCAAAA